AUGGAGGAAGUCUACGGCGAGCUGAUCGAGGUCGAGGUUAAGCAGUUGGCUGGAUCGGGCCACUGUGCCUUCUACGUGAUGGAGUGGCGAUCGCGCCCACGAGGCGGCAUCACGAGGAACGGCACGAUGUUCACGAAGGCGAGGAGAUGCUGGGUCUACGAUCCCUACUCGCUCGAUUGGGAGGAACACGUCCAGGCCGGAAUCACUGACAUAUGCGUCGACUCAUACGACGAUGUUUGA